GUCGAUAGUGGAAAGCACAGAUUCGUCGCAGGUUGCGAAUAAUUUUAACGAGCAGGAAUAACUCAGACCGCAUUGCAUAGUCAAGGAGCGUUAACUUGUCGAGAAAAUUAAGCGGAUGCCUAUUGUUCAUAAAAGAAGAAUUAAAAAGAGAAUGAGCAUAACAACCAAAUAGUAUAGUGCAUGUAGAGCAACAACAAAGAAAAUACCAAAAAAAAAUUAAAAAAAAAAAAAUUGUGAAAUAUUGAAAAAACAAAAAAUUUUGUGCAAUUAAGUAAAAAAACCAAAUUGAUUGUCUUGUGAAUUUUGUGCGCAUCGCAGCAAAAAAAAAUAAGAUUUUUGAUGUUAAAAAAUUAGCAGCAAAUCUGAAAACGGACAUCUAGACGUUUUUUUAGUUUUUCAAAACUCGAACAGAAUGGAUGAGGACCACGACGACGACGUAAUAUGAGAUCAGAUGGGGCUGUAAAGCCCCAGAAUAAAGCUUUCGUCUCCACUGCUGCUGGCAGUCGUAGUAAAGACGCUAGAGAACACAACUCAAAUGCUAGCAAAUGGUGUGAACACCAACAACGUCCGUCUCAACUAUUGUUAUCGCUUCAAAUUAUCACUGUUGCUGCCGCUGUCUUCACAACUGCCGCUUGCGCUAAUGCUUUCGUGAUCGCUGAUGCUGCCGCAAAUGUUGCCAUUGCUGAGGACCGAACAGUCAUUGUUGCACUGCGGCCCAUAUCGAGUAUUAGCGAAAAGCGUUCGGUACAGCAACAUAUAUACAACAACAGCAACUUAACGUUAAAAACGUACACGAAUAAAAAUGAAAACAAAAACAAAAAUAAUUAUGAUGCACACAAUUGUUAUGAGCUGAUGCGAAAUGAUCCAAACAAUCGCAACGCUAUAAAUUCCGAAAGGAAAAACAUUAUAGAAAACUUCAAAUGUGUAGUUUAUAGAAUUAAUGAAAAUCUAACUUACUCUACGAAAGCUUUAACACAAAAUAACGAAAACACCGAUUUUAAGAAUAUUCAUCGUAUAAGCGAAUUGCACAGCAACGUUGUUGACACAAUGACUACGGUUGCUAAAGGUGCAAUUGGGGCCAAUCGCAAUUUGGGCCCUGAUUCAACUGGAAGAGGUAGGCGGCCAACAGAGGGCAAACAUAGCAUGGAUGGCGCCACAACUAAGGCCGACACCAAUUACAAUUACAAUGCAUUGCCAUUUCUAACGGUCUUCUGGUUCACGGUCUGUGGAUUUGCAACAUCGUUACUCAAUAUUCAAACGUACGCUGCAAAAAUGCUAAGCAUACCGGAGGCGCUGAUGCUGUAUAGUUGGGCUAACAACAAUUGUGAUAAACGUCAACACAAUGCAGGAGAUUCUGGGAGCGCAUUAUUGGCGCCGUCGUCGGUGGUGUUAGCGCAGAAGCUGUCAAUGGGCAAAUCGUUGCCACAGGCGCCACUUCAAUCGGUCGUCUCCGCUGCUAGAAUCUCCUCGCUGCUUGCCAGUCUGAGCGCUGGAUCGACCUCGCAGAAAAUUUCCGCAAUAAACCCACGUCUUUCUUUAACAAUUUCGUAUGUGAUGUAUGCAGCUUUUAUUAUCUUCCUGUUUCCAGCAGUUCGUAGUGAAGAGGGCGACAAUUUCUUCGCAGUUAACACUUUUAGUAUGAUUCCCGAAACGACUACGCCUGAAUUUGAUUAUGCCGGCCGAGGAAAGAAAAAGUUUGGUGACAAAUGCGAUGGUACAUUGGAGUGUGGAUUCCCUGGUUCAAUUUGCGAUGCAAAAAAGAAGUCCUGUCAAUGCACCGAAGAUUUGCCAGUAACAAAUCAUAUCGAUAAAUGUGGAAAAGAGGCUGCUGUGAAUGAGUCCUGUUUCUUCAACGAACAAUGCGAGGUGAGACAUUACCAGACCGAAUGCCGCGAUGGACGCUGUGCUUGCCGUUACGAAAUGCAGCCUUUCUGGGGCAAAGAUGGUACAGUCGAAUGCAAAGGUCGUGGCGACAAACGUGGACCGGAGACUUACAUUGAUCCAGCAAUGAUUGGCGUACUGGUAGGAAUGGCAUUGAUGUUUGUUAUAAUUUGUGUCGUCCUUCGAUUAUUUAGCCAGGCACGUUGGCGUGAAAACCGGACAAUUUUCAACACACCAAAUCCACGUCUCAUGAAUGUGUCGCUUUUGCGUGAUAGCAAACUCUUGCACGGCCAGGAGCGACGCGGCUCGCGUAUGUCGGUGCGAGCACCGUCGCGCCAGCCGAGCAUGGCUUCGCUACGUCCGCAUUCGCCGAAUCCGUCGUUAGGUAAGACAGGGUCACAUUCGGGCAGCGCCAGCGCCAGCAACGCGUCAGCAACGUCGAUACGUUCGACGCGUAGUAAUUCGGUGGCACCCGGACUUGUAGCUAAUAGUGGUCAAUUGGAGAGGAAGGGCUCCCAAUAUCACAAUCAGAACCAACACCAACACCAACUGCAUCAGCAUCAGCACCAACAUCACCAGCAACAACAGCAACACCAACAACAAAUGCCGCUAAUCACCAACAUCACUGCUAAUCCAGCAGCUGAGAGUGUUGCGGUCGAGAUAAUAGCACCGGAAAAAUGAAUAAAUAUAAAAAAAUAAAAAAUAAUACGAUAAAUAAUAAUUAAAAAUAAACAUACAAAUAUAUCUACAUACAUACAUGUGUAUAUACUAUACAUACAUACAAUAUAUGCAUGAAAAAGUAAAAGAAGACAAAUCAAAGUAUGCAAGUCGAAAUUGCAUAAAAAUUUAAUGCGUAAAAAAAAAUCAUGGCUAUAAAGUAAUAAAUAUGAAAAUGCACAACAAAACGAACAGUAAUAUUGAUGAAUGGUAAAUAAAAUUUAUAAAAAAAUGUGUGACAAAAACUGCAUUAAAAUAUAGUUUAAAAGUAUAAAUAUUUAAUAUAUUUUAACAGCAAAUAACGUCAUAUUUAAAAAAAAAUACUAACGCAAUUACACAAAAUAACUGCUUGGAUAUAAACAAACAAAAAAACUUGCAUAACAAAUUCAUAUUUUUAUUUCUUCUUCAAAAAAACCCCCAAAAAAAAUCGCUAAUAAUUGCAGCUUUUAACACAAAUUUAAUAAUAAUAUUUAUAGUCAUGAAUUCAGUAAAUAUUUGUACGGUAAUAUGUAUGCAAGAAUCGUAUUUAAAAAUAAGUAUGCACAUACAUAUGUAUAUGCACAACAAAAAGUGUAAAAUGAUUAACCACAAAAAUAAGAAAAAUAGAAAAGACAACAAUCUGUAUUUUAAAAUACUAACAAACCAAAAAAUUUAACGUGCAAUCGGUAGUUAAAUAAAACGAAGUGUUUAGCUUUAAAGUCGAAUUAAAAAAAAAUAUUACAUUUAUGAAUAUACAUACAAAUGUAUUUGUAUUAGUAUAUACAUAUAAAAACCUACUAAUAGAAGAUUCUACAAAAAGCAAACAUAAAGUCAUUUCGAAAUAUUAGAAACGCGUAAAAAAUUGAAAUGAGUCUUUCGCUGACAUUCAUCUUCCUAUCCUAGUGAUAUUAAAAUGUAACAAAAAAAAAAAAAAACACAAUAACACGUGCACACUCUUGCAGAGCUAUCGUUCACGCCAAAUUUUCUAUAAACAAAAAAUUUAAAAUUAUACAAAUUUUAAAAUAUACAUACUAUAUACUAAUUAAUGCAUGCAUGUACCUUAAAAUCCGAGGCGAAACGCAGUACAGAAAAAACUAAUGUAGUGAAUGAACAAAAGAAAAAAAAUAUAUAUAUAAUUACAAUGAAUAAAUUCAAAUAUAACAUAAGUUAUCGAAAUAGCAAUGCAAAAUGAGCAACUAUACAUAACAAUAGAAAAAAACUAUUACUUACAACACUACAAAUUUAACAGUACAUAAAUAGAACAGUUUGAAAAUAGAAAUAUUAGAAAUAACUAGCGAAUUUUUCGGAAAAAAAAAUUUUACAAAACCAAUAAAAAAGCUAGAUGAAUAUUUAUAGCUAUUUAUUUUAAAACACACGUCUUUUGCGCAAAUAGGUUUUGAUUUAACUUACAUAGUACCGAAGAGAUUCAUACAAACAUACAUGUAUGUAUAUGAAAAAAAAAAUAAAAUAAAAGAAAGCCUAAAUAAAACUAUGCAUGCGCCGAAUGUGCACUUUAAAUACUUUUAUUAACAAAAACUCUAAAACGCGUACAACAUGAAUACUUUUUAAAUAUUUAGGGACUAUGAAUAAGAUGGUAUUCAAAAUUUCCGUGAUUUCGUUACAACUCUUCAUUUCAAAGCGAGCAAAAAUUGUAGCAUACAUUUUCCAAAAUUUGAUAACGUAGAAUAUUUUCUCAAAAAAAAAAGUAAAGUGAUUGCUGCAUUAGAAAUACAUUCACAUUUUCAAGUAGUUUACAAUAAAUACAUAUACAUAUGUAAGCAUAGUAUUGAGAUUAGUAUAAAAAAAUACUUAAAAAAGUAAUCAAAUUGCGAUUUGUGAUUUCUACUUAGUCUCUUUAAAAUUAAAAAAAAAAUUGCAAAUAAAUAAACGCAUUAUUUUCAUAAUGUUGUGAAACUAACAAAGAAAAUUAGUAACCAAAACAGCAAACAAAUAGUUUACUUUAUACCCGAAUUCCCACGCAUACCGCAAUUUUUAAUUCGAUUAUCUGAUUUUUAACCAGUAUAACUUUUUAUACGGUAUUAAUACUCAUAGCAUACAACGACCGCCUAAACACGUUGAUAUUAGUUAAAGUUGUUUUUAUUUGUUUUUGCAUAUUUUUAGAAAUUCUUUCGAAAUAUUAAAAAAUUCCUUUAACUUUCUAGUAAAAAAUUGGGGAAGAUUUUUUACUUGAACGUUAAAGUAGUAUUUAUGUAUGAAUUUUUACAAGUUCACUCAUGUAAUUUCUUGCUCAAUUUAAUGUAGUUGAAAUGCAAACUGAAAGACAACAACUACCGAAGCUUGUGUGCUUUUACUUCGCGCAUUCUUUUUUAAACCAUAAUAACUUAUUAGAUGUUAUUAAGUUAUAUUUAAGUAUAUGCAUACAAACAUACAUACGUGUGUAUCAGAACAUGUCUGCAUGUGUUUGUAUUUACAAAGCUUUACAUAAAAUAUCACUAAUCGAACUCGAAUACGUCUAUUAAAAUUUUACAUAUUAAAUACAUACGUUUUUUUUCUAAUUUUUAAUAAAUUUAAGAACAACACAAAAUUUUCGUAAAUACGCAACGAAAUCUCAAUAAACAAACUUCAUUCUGAUGGCUAUGUAAGUAUGUAGGAAGAAAUAAGAGUGGAUAAAAACAAUUCGGAUUUUGAAAUUUGGGGAAGAGUUUCAAAAUUGCUUUGUUUUGAACCGUGUUGGUGUAUCAAAAAAUAUGCUUGGAUGGCAGCCAAUACACAUUAAGAUUGUUAGAAAAAAGCAGUAACACCACUAUACAUUUGUGCGAUUGCCUAGACGUUUUAGAAGUAGUAAAAAAAAAAAAAUGCAAAUAUGAAACGAAAAAACUUUUUCUGCUACAAAAUAAAUAACAUAUGAUCUCUGUCAAAGCUGAUAUGUACACACGAAACAAGAUUUAUGAAUAGUGAUUGGAGAAAUGAAAUAAGCAAAUGCAGAUGCAUGCAUAUAACACAUUUAUUAAUUUCGUACACUGAACGGAUAUUACACGUGAAAAAAUGCUUUAUUUUCUUUAUAGUAUGUGCUUAACCGUGUGCAUACGGCGAUUGAUUAUUUAUUAACACAUAAACCUAUAUAUAUAUUAUAUUCACAUAUAGUAACUAACUAUAUAUUUGAUAUUAAUGUAAACACACUCUACACUUUGUAUAACAAAAUAAGAAAAAGUAAAAAAAAAAAUAAAAUUAAAAUCUAUCCAUUUUUAAUCUUUAUACGAAAGCGUCUAGAAAGUAAUGAUUGAUACGAAAGUUUUCCAUUAUAAACAAUGAAAAAAAAGAUUAACAAAAUAAAAAAUACAAAUCAGUAGCUAUUCGUAGCAUCAUUUGGAAGGAAUUCAUUUACGAUUCAUACACAAAAAUGCAUACAUACAAACAUAUUUAUCUACGCUACAUACAUACAUAAGUUCCCUCCACUCUUGUGGCGCCUUGCAGAAAGUGAACGAAAUUAUUUUCAUAUGAGUAUAUACUAAUAUAUACACACAUUUACAUACACCAAUUCAUAAAUCAAUUUAUAUUUGCACACAUAAAGUAACUACAUAUACACACAAAAACAUAUUUAUUAUAUAUACAUACAUACAUAUAUGUAUGUACAUAUAUAAGCAGAAGUACUUAAACACGCUUAUACAUACAAACAUGUAUGCUUACACGCGGAUCGCAUGCUAAUAUACAUACAUACAUAUUUACGUACAUACUUAUAUUAGAAAAAAAAACAAACUCCAGCUAUGCGAAUAAAUAUAUGUAUUUACAAUUUUUUUAGACAACCGAUACCGCAUCACAAUCUUAAACAAUGCAUUACAAUCAAUUUAAUUUUAAAUGAAUAAAAUAUUUUAUUGUUGUUCUGUUGAACAUGAAACUACACUAAUAUAAACAGAAAUAUAAUUGUAUACACAUACAUAUUUACAUGCAAACAAACGCCACAUUAAUCCAUACAGACAUUACACAAUAUUUUAUGGACAAAUAUGUAAUAGCUGCAAAAUAAAUUAAAUACUAAGAAGUACAUGCAAUGUAACAAUUUCUGCAAUUGCACAAGUUUUUGAUUUUAGUUUUGAUCAUGAACUCAUAAAAAAUUCGGAAAUAAACUAACUAAACCAAACACUGUAAACCACUUCAAUACUUUGUUUUCAUUUGUGAUGUCUAUAUUAGUUGAAAUUUGACUUGGUUUUUUUUUUAAAUUUAUUUAAAAUUUCUACACUCCAUAAUACUCCCAUGACAAGCCAGUAAACAAAUAGCAAGUCGAUCACUUUCUGAAAAAUAUGUAUGUAAUACUUAGCUGCAUCAAAAUCAAGAAGACAAAAACUA